CCCACUGAAAGCGCAUGCGCCUUUCAGAAUAAGCGGUGGUCUCCCCUAAAGCGGGCUGAGGGGAGGGCCUCGUGCUGGGGACCGAGGUGUGAAGGAGGGACGACGGGUGCAGAGGCAAGUUCUUGAGGGUGUCAUAGCCAGAUUCAGAAUCAACCAAGUGGGAAAUACUCCUGUUCAGAAAGGAAAAAGUCAAGAGGAUCCUGUCAUUACCUUUGAAGAAGACAAACUAUUGAUAUGUAAAAUAUCCUGUCCAGUGAGGUUGAGGAGCAGUUUAUAUUGUGGUGAGCUUUGCCUCUGAAUAAACAAAUGUUCGUGUUGACGCAGCUUAAACUUCUUAUAUGGAAGAAUUAUAUCGUAAAGAAACGGAACAUCUUAGUAACAAUCAUGGAAAUCCUUCUACCACUGCUGUUCAUGGGGAUUCUAAUUUGGCUUCGCCUGAUUAUUAAGUCAGAAAAAAUUAAUUCUACCCACUUUCCUGAGCAGCAUUUUGGCAUGCUGCCCUUCUUUUUCCACACUGUUCCAAAGAAAAGUAUGUGGCAGCUGGUUUAUAUUCCUUCCAACAGUGAUGUUGUGAAGAAUAUCACUAAGGAGGUGAAAGCUUCCUUAGGUAUCGACUUCAGAGUUCGAGGCUUUCUCUCAGAGGAUGAUUUUAGGGACUACAUUACAUUUGAAGAAAGUGCUUCCAGUGUUCUGGCUGCUAUUGUUUUUGACCAUGUUUUCCACAAAAGAGAUGAGCCAUUGCCAAUUAAGAUUAAGUAUUGUCUGCGCUUUAAUCACUCUCCACGGAACCCUGGGCCCAGGAGGAUUCUUUUUAGAAAAUCGACAACAGGCUGGCACACUAGCACACUUUUUCCACUCUUUCCAAGUCUAGGACCCAGGGAACCCUUAUAUCCUGAUGGGGGAGAUCCUGGUUAUCUCAGAGAAGGAUUUCUGACAUUGCAGCAUGCUGUGGACAAAGCUAUCAUGAGGUACCAUGAUCCAGAAGCUGCCAACGAGUUGCUUGACAAAAUCUCCAUAAGUAUAAAGAGGUUCCCUUACCCAGCUUACGUUAAGGACCCUUUCCUCAGUGUUGUACAGUUCACGUUGCCUCUGCUUCUUGUGCUGGCCUUUACUUUCACCGUACUGAACAUCAUCCGUAGCAUUGUGAAUGAGAAGGAAAGAAAACUGAAGGAGUAUAUGCGAAUGAUGGGACUCAACAACUGGCUACACUGGGUUACCUGGUUCCUUGUGUUUUUUAUCUUUUUCUUCAUUGCUGUCUUUUUCAUCACUGUUCUUUUUUGUAUCAAGGUGAAAAAUAAUGUAGCUGUGCUUACCAAGAGUGACCCUGCUUUGUUGUUUUUCUUUCUGAUGUGUUUUGCAUCAUCUUCCAUUGCCUUUGGCUUCAUGGUCAGCACAUUCUUUGGUAAAGCCAAUUUAGCAGCUGCCACAGGAGGCUUCCUCUACUUUAUUGCAUACAUCCCAUACUUCUUUAUAGAACCUCGAUAUAACCGAUUGUCUUAUAGCCAGAAGGUAUCAUCUUGUCUCCUAUCAAAUGUUGCAAUGGCAUUAGGAAUUCUGCUCAUAGUCAAAUUUGAAGGGAAAGGGACUGGCAUGCAAUGGAAAGACUUCCUGUCACCUGUUAAUGUAGAUGAUAACUUCACCUUGGGGCAUGUGGUGAUAAUGCUGAUAUAUGACACUUUUUUCUAUUGUUUGGUGACCUGGUAUGUGGAAGCUGUAUUUCCGGGGGAAUAUGGUAUGCCCCAACCCUGGUAUUUCUUCUUGAUGCCUUCCUACUGGUAUGGGAAGCCAAAAACAAUUAUGCAACACGAGGAAGAGGAAAUACAUGAGACAUAUUCACAGAAUGAAUUCUUUGAAUCUGAACCUGCAGAUCUACACCCAGGAAUAAUGAUAAAAAAUCUCUCCAAGACUUAUGUGAUUGGGAGAAAGAAAAAACAAGCUAUUAAAAACCUGAGCCUAAACUUGUAUGAAGGGCAAAUAACUGUUCUUCUAGGACAUAAUGGAGCAGGAAAGACUACCACUCUAUCUAUACUCACAGGUCUCUUUCCUCCUACAAGUGGACAUGCAUACAUCAGUGGGUACGAGAUUUCACAGGAUAUGGUUCACAUUCGGAAGAGUCUAGGUUUAUGUCCCCAGCAUGAUGUCUUAUUUGAUGAAUUGACAGUUGCUGAACACCUUUUCUUUUAUGCUCAGCUAAAAGGAUUGCCUCUCGAAAAGUGCUCUGAGGAAAUCGAUCAUAUCUUGACCAUUCUUGAUAUGGAACAAAAACGUCAUACUCUUUCAAGGUCAUUGAGUGGGGGAAUGAAACGGAAGGUUUCCAUUGGCAUUGCACUAAUAGCAGGCUCCAAGGUAGUGAUGUUGGAUGAACCAACAUCUGGCAUGGAUCCAGUGUCAAGGCGGAGUACCUGGGAUCUACUUCAGCAGCAGAAAAAUAAUCGAACCAUCAUGCUAACCACUCACUUUAUGGAUGAGGCUGACCUGUUGGGGGACCGCAUUGGCAUUAUGGCCAAAGGGGACUUGCAGUGUUGUGGCUCUUCACUCUUCCUCAAACAUAAAUAUGGUGCAGGAUACCACAUGGUUAUUGUGAAGAAACCUAAUUGUAACCCUGAGGAAAUUUCUGAACUGAUUUCUCAACAUAUACCAAAUGCCAUUCUGGAAAGUAAUGUUGGGGCUGAAUUAGCAUUUAUCUUGCCCAAAGAGAGCUCAAACAGUUUUGAAGCUCUAUUUACUGAACUGGAAGAGAGACAGGAAGAGCUAGGCAUUGCCAGCUAUGGUGCCUCUGUCACUACUAUGGAAGAAGUCUUCCUUAAGGUGGGUAAAUUGGUGGAUUCUAGCCUGGAUCUCCAAGCAAUCAAGCUCCCCUCUCAGAAAUACAAGAAAAAUACAGAUGAGGUUGAUGAUAGUGAAAAUAUUAGUGACUCAAGUGAAGCAGCUGACAAUAUUAUUUCUGAAAAGAAAUAUAGAAUGGAACUAAACACUGGGUUUGGUCUUCACUGCCAGCAGUUUUUUGCCAUGUUGACAAAGAAGGCUAUGUAUAGUUGGCGUGAGUGGAAAAUGAUAACAGCACAGAUUCUGGUGCCUCUGACUUGUACUUCUAUAGCUCUUAUGGCCAUCAACUACUCUUCUGAGAUUCCAGCGGCUCCUGCUCUCACAUUGUCUUUAAAUGAACACCGUGAAACAACUGUGCCUUUCAUGAUCACUGGAACUUCUCCUCUGAACUCAAAGCUCAUAAAAUACCUUGAUAAAAUGCUGGAAUCUAACAAUCAUGUAUCCUUACAAAUUACAGAAAACCUGGAAGAGGAGCUGCUUAAAAGGGCAGCUGAGAGUGAAGGCUUUAAUGAUCGCUGCCUUAUGGCACUUUCCUUCUUACACAAAAACAAUCAGAUAAUAAUCACCGUUCUCUUCAACAAUCAGGCAUUCCAUACUCCUGCCAUAGCCCUGGCAGUGGUAGAUAAUCUUCUCUUCAAGUUGAUUUCUGGCACAAAAGCUUCCAUUACUGUUGUUAAUCAUCCUCAGCCUCGAAAUUCCUUAGAAACUGCAAAGGAGCAAUAUUUUUGGGGCCAUAAGGGAUUUGACAUUGCUAUCAACACGCUCUAUGGUAUGGGUUCAUUAGCCAGUACAUUUUCUAUCAUGGCAGUUAGUGAAAGAGUCAUAAAGGCAAAGCACAUCCAGUUUGUCAGUGGAGUCUAUGUUACUCAUUUCUGGCUAUCUUCCCUGUUGUGGGAUCUCACUGUCUUCUUCAUUCCCUGUUUGCUGCUGCUGGGGAUAUUCAAAAUCUUUGACAUAAGAGCUUUCACUGAGGAUAACCACCCUGCAGAUGCAUUGCUGAUGUUAAUGUUGUACGGCUGGUCCAUCAUUCCCCUCAUGUACCUAAUGAGCUUCUUCUUCAUGGCAGGUUCCACUGCCUUCAUAAGACUCAUCAUGUUCAACUUCUUCUCAGGCAUUAUCACUUUAAUCAUCCUCUAUGUCACAAGCUUCAAGGCAUUAAAAUUGGACAACGUCUCUAAAAUUCUGGAUAAAGUAUUCCUCCUGCUACCUAACCAUAGCUUAGGGAUGUGCCUCAGCAGUUUCUACAACAAUUUUGAGACCAAGAAAUACUGUACCUCCUCUACCGAUGCAGCGAGUAUUUGUAAGCAAUUACAUAUUAUGUAUAAAGAGAAUUUCUAUGCUUGGCAAGCUCCAGGAAUUGGAAGGUUCCUUACCUCACUGAUUAUCUCUGGCUUUGUUUUCAUCAUUGUGCUUUUAUUCAUUGAGACCAACUUUCCCUGGAGAAUGAAAACCUUUAUAAAUGUCCUCUUAAGGAAUCCUCGGCAUUGGGCAAAAGUGCAAGUCCAAGAAUCAAUGAUUCCCACAGACCAAGAAGUGGAAGAAGAAGAAAAUAAAAUUGAGAUGUUCCUUCCAGAGCUUUUGCGUACUACUCCACUGGUUGUUAAGGGACUUACAAAGAUAUACGAGAGUAGAAAGCCCUUUCUGGCUGUAAACAGGAUCUCCCUAACCGUCCAGAAAGGAGAGUGCUUUGGAUUGCUUGGCUUCAAUGGAGCAGGGAAAACCACUACCUUCAAAAUGCUGACAGGGGAUGAAACCAUCACAUCUGGGGAGGCCUUUAUUGAUGGAUUCAGCAUCAUCACCCACAUUAAAAAGGUACGACAGAGAAUUGGUUAUUGCCCUCAAUUUGAUGCCUUACUGGACCACAUGACAGGACGAGAGACUCUGGUCAUGUAUGCCCGGCUUCGUGGCAUCCCUGAGCGUCACAUUAAUAACCUUGUGAAGGAUGUGCUGCAGGGGUUGCUCUUAGAGGCCCACUCGGACAAACUCAUCAAAACCUACAGUGGUGGCAAUAAGCGUAAACUGAGCACUGGUAUCGCCCUGAUUGGAGAACCCUCGGUCGUUUUCCUGGAUGAACCGUCCACAGGCAUGGACCCUGUAGCACGACGACUGCUCUGGGAUACAGUAACACGGAGCCGUGAAUCUGGAAAAGCCAUCGUCAUCACCUCUCACAGCAUGGAGGAGUGUGAGGCCUUAUGUACCAGGCUAUCUAUCAUGGUGAAUGGGCAGUUCAAAUGCAUAGGCAGCCCACAGCACCUCAAAAGCAAGUUUGGGAGUGGAUAUACUCUGCUGGCCAAGGUCAAAAGUAAAGGAAGCCAGGCAAAGAUGGCGGAAUUCAAGACAUUCAUCAACUUGACAUUCCCAGGCAGUGUCCUAAAGGAUGAGCACCAAGGGAUGGUUCACUACCACCUGCCUAGCAAGGAACUCAGUUGGGCAAGGGUGUUUGGUGUCUUGGAAAGAUACAAAGAUGAUUAUGACCUGGAAGACUACUCUAUCAGUCAAAUCUCUCUGGAACAAGUCUUCAUGAAUUUUGCUCAUUUACAGUUUACAGAAGAUGCAUUUGCAAGACCAAGAACUUAGUUAUGAACUGGGAUCUGAUCAGACUUUCCCCAAAUGAAGGCAAAUAUAUGUUAAGAUGAAGAAGAGAAGGUACCAUCUGGAAGAUGUAGCCACAAGUGUACCUAAAUUGGUGGAAAAGUGUCCUCAUAUUAAGUUGUGUAUAAAUGAUAAAUGUGUCAUAUUAAAUCUUACUGUUAUGAGAGA